AGAUCCAGUGCCUUGAGGUCCAAGUCGAUAUGUGUUGUAUUCAUGGGAAAUAGAGUCGCUUUUUCGGUUCACACGGCACCAACGCCCACCCAGGGGCAUUCGAGCACUGCGUCUCAUUCUUUGCCGAGAUCCCCGCACGUUUUCGGUUGACCAGCCUCGAGCUGACCGACAUGCUCGGAAAAAGAGCAUCUCCUGUCCUUGAACAAGAUCUGUAUAUUACUGUCGCAGAUGUUUCGCUCCGCUAAGAACCUAUCGUGACGUUUUGGUUCGUUCAACAGGAACCGCAUUUUCUCGUUAAUUCCAUCAUGCCAACGGAAGCAGAGAUACCCAACUUCAAUACGCUUUUCCGCCUUGAUGGCAAGGUAGCGCUCGUGACCGGAGGUGCUUCGGGCAUAGGGUACUACAUAUGCGCAGCGUUCAUGCAGGCAGGAUGCGCGAAAGUGAUCAUCGCGUCGCGCAAGGAGGCGCAACUGAAGGAGGCUUGUGACAAACUAAACGCUCUUGGCCUGCCAGGCAAGGCUUCGUACAUCGUGUCCAACGUCAGCACCUUCGCUGGAGUCGAGAAAUUGGGGGAGGACUUGAAAAAGAUGCUCCCCGAUGGAAAGCUCCACAUCCUCGUGAACAACGCAGCAGCGUCGUGGGGAGGUCCCUUUGAGGAGUUCGAGGACUGGAAAGUGGCAAAGACGCUAGACGUCAACGUACGAGCUGUUUUCAAUGUCACGCGCGUCAUGCAACCUUUCCUUGUUGCGGCAGGAACCAAGGACGAUCCAGCCCGCAAUAUUAUCGUCAGCUCUGUUGGCGGCAUCAUAGUUUCGCAUGUCGGAAAGACUGGCGCUAUUAUCUACGGCGCAUCCAAAGCGGCUGCCCACCAUCUAACGCGGCACUUCGCCCUGGAACACAUCCCCCACAAUAUUACUACUAACACAAUCGCCCCUGGCUGGUUUCCCACACGCCUUGCGAAUCCUGCUAUUGAGAAGGCAGGCGGUGCUGAUGUUGCAGGUGCGUCGAACCCGACUGGCAGACUUGGCGUCCCGGAAGACAUUGCAGGCGUGGCCGUAUACCUAGCCUCCAGAGCUGGGCGAUACGUAAAUGGGGAGGAUAUAAGUGUUGAUGGUGGAAGCAGAUUGAUGAAUCCGGGCGCCAUGCAGCAUAUUAAGGAGGUCAGGGAAAAGUACAGCAAACUGUAAAGAGAAAUGGGACGAAGAAAAUCGUAGCUCUCCGUCAAAUACGGGUAGUGAAUCCCUUUGAGUCUGUCCUUCAGAUGUGUCGUAACAAGUUUGCCGCUGCGAGAAUGACGUCCUGGAGGUACACAGCGGAUCGCUACACUUACUGUCAUCAUAUUUAAC